AUGAGCAAACUCACCGAAAAUAUUGAGAAUGACAAAGUGAAAGUUAUAAGAAUCAAGGAGAACGUUAGCAUCAGACAGCGCCCUUCUGUCUAUAAUCAUCAUCGUGGUGACCCAGAGGAUGUUUCGGCAGCGCAUAUAUAUGACGACGUUCCUGAUGACUAUCAAGGGUUGAUCAUGUGGCCAGAAGUAUUUGAGAGCAAAGUGUUAGCACUAGGACCAAAAAUAGAUUUGGUUGAGCAUCCUGUUGUGACCUCUGCAGACCUCAUUGCGUACGGCUACUAUGAAGGUUUUCCAUAUGUAGACCAAUUCAAAAAGGCAAUAGCUGAGGAACUAUUCGAUAUGAAAAGAAGAAAUGAUCCAUAUCUUCCUUUGGAACCGAUCGAAAAGAAAUUCAAAUGGAUUCGUGCUUACACAUCCGACUAUGUCGAGGACGAAGAAGACGACUUUGAUGAACCUGAACCGUGGAAUGAGUACAAUUGGAAUUUUAACAAGAUAGCAGAUGACCGAAGAUCGUUUGAAAUUGAAUCCGCGGUUAAGGACUUGGUGGCACUGGACUCUGAUUGA